AAACCUUGCAGAAGCGAGAGCAUCGAUUCGAGGCUCUCUUUCUCAGCGUGCGAUGGCGGCGCGGGCACCCAACGGCGAGGCGGCGGCGGCGGCGGAGGGGGUGCGGCUGCUGGGCGGGAAGCUGAGCCCGUUCACGCUGCGGGCGCGCAUGGCGCUGGCGCUGCGCGGGGUGGAGUACGAGCUGGUGGAGGAGCAGUUCCACCCGCGGAAGAGCGACCGCCUCCUCGCCGCCAACCCCGUCUACGGCAAGAUCCCCGUGCUCCUCCUCCCCGACGGCCGCGCCAUCUGCGAGUCCGCCGUCAUCGUGCAGUACGUCGACGAGGCGUGGGGCGCCGCCGGCGGCGGCAUCCUGCCGGUGGACCCGUACGAGCGCGCGAUGCAUCGCUUCUGGACCGUCUACAUUGAUGAUAAGUUCUGGCCAGCGUUGGACGCCAUCUCACUGGCGCCGACGCCGGAAGCCCGGGCCGCCGCCGCGACGAACGCCCGCGCGGCACUGAAGCUCCUGGAGGAGGCCUUCACGGCUCGCAGCGACGGCGGGGCCUUCUUCUCUGGCCGCGGCGCCGCCUCCCCGGGCCUCCUGGACGUCGCGCUCGGCUGCUUCCUGCCGGCGCUCUGGGCGUGCGAGAGGCUCAACGGGCUCAGCCUCCUGGACGCCUCCACGACGCCGCUGCUCUGCGGGUGGAGCGAGCGGUUCGCCGCCACCGCCGCGGCCAGGGCCGUGAUGCCGGAGACGGAGGAGGUGGUGGCGUUCACGAGGUUCCUCCAGACCAAGUUUGGUGUGGCUGCAAUCUCAAAAUAAUUAAGGACAAUUGAAUUUCGUUUUAAUUGGAGCAUCUGCAAGAGCUCCUUGCUUUAUGUAUGGUGUGGAAUAAAAAUCCGUCUCAAUUGAAUUCGAUCAUUCCGUCGGCACAAGACCAAAGUGCCCUGUGUCACAUAAAAGGUUGGGAGUUUCUAGAACACAUGAGACAUACAACAAAUUGAGCCCACAUAUUUAGUUGUUCCAGAA